AUGUUUCAACAUAAUAAUUUGCUCAAAUGUAAUUUUAAUAUAAUAUUUCAUAACAUUUCUUUCAGAACAAAUAAAGCAGAAUGGAAAAAGGGAUUGAGUGUCAAUCCCAAUAAAAGAAAUCAAAUAGAAAAUAAUAAAAGUAAUAUAAAUGAUACAUAUUAUCAUAUAUAUGAGUAUGACAAAAAUAUGGUAGUUAAUAAAUUCAUCGAGAUGUAUAUAAAUAUGUGGUACAUAAAGAAUCAGAGAAAUAAAAUAAACAAAAAUAUAAAAGAUAAUAUAAAUAAUAUAUAUAAAAAAAAUCAUAUAUAUAAUAAUACAUUGAACACAAAAUAUGUUAGAAAUAAACAACCAUUUUAUAAUAAUAAUAUACAUGAUAAAUUUGGGAUUGUUCUAUUUUCUAGAUUUUUUUUCACUAUACCCAUAAACAAUAUAAAUAAUUAUUUUAAUAAACAACAUAAUGAUAAGAAAAUAAAUGAUAAGUUUGAUAUGUCUUAUUGUGAGGAAGGUUCUAAUAAGGAUUUACCUAAUAACAAUGAUCACCUUAAAAGAGAAGAAGUGUCUGGAAAAAAAUUAACAUAUACAGAAAAUAAUAAUAAUGAUAAUAAUCAUAUUUAUAGUGAUAAUAUUUAUAGUGAUAAUAUUUAUAGUGAUAAUAUUUAUAAUAACCAUUCCAAAAACAUAUUUUUAAGUGAGGAUGAAAGUAAGGGAGAUAUAACAGAAGAUAUAUUUCCUUAUACCGAUUUUAUUAUAGAAAAAUGUAAGCUUAAUAUAAAAAGUGAUGUAGAUAUAUAUGAAAACACAUGGUAUGUAAAAUUAAUAUAUGACUUAUUAAAUUCAACAAAAAUAUUUUUUGAUUGUACAUGGAUGAGUUCCAUUAUAAUGACAACAUUAUUUAUGAGAAUAAUAAUUUUACCAUUAACUGUAUCUUCAGAAAGAGAUAGAAGAAAACAAAAAAUAUUAAGUCCUUUAUUAAAAGAAUUAACAAAGAAAUUAAAAGAUAAUGCACAAGAUGGAAAUAUUAAAAAAGCUUUAGAAUUUAAAAAAAAAAUUUUAAAUAUAAGAAAUACCCAUGGUAUAUCCUUAAUACCUAAAUCUAUUAUUUUAAUGGCUUUCUUUCAAACACCUUUAUUUUUUAUAUUCUAUUUUUCUAUGAAAAGAAUAGCAUCAUAUCCUGAUAUUUUUAAAGACUUUACAUUUGAAUCUCCAUUAUGGCUCGAUAGUUUAUCACUGCCAGAUCCUUAUUACAUACUACCUCUCUUAUCAUCUCUUUUGUUAUUAUCAAAUAAUGAAUUAACAUUAUUAAUAGAUAAAAAAAUUAAUGAAAAUAAUAAACAAUCAAAUUUAUAUGAUCAAGAAGAAACAGAAUUUCAAAAAAAUAUUAAAAAAAUUACAAAGCUUGGUAUGAGAUUAUUUUAUAUGUCCUCUGUAUUAUUCUUUAAAUCGAUGCCAUCUGGAUUAUUUAUAUAUUUUAUUACAAAUACAUUUUUUCAGUUAUUCAUAACACAAAUAUGUAAAAUAAAAAUUAUAGAAAAUUUUCUUGAUCUACCUCCUUUACAUUCGAAAGGAUUUAUAACUAGUGCUAAUACGACACAGCAGCAAACAGCUUCACAAAAAAAAAUAAUACACAUGAAUGACUUAAUCAAAAGGAAAAAAUAA